AUGAAAUUCAAUAUAUUUGAUGGCAUUAUUUAUAUCUUAAAUCAAAAGGACAAAGAAUUACGUGAUUCUACAGAAGAAAUCAAAAAAUUUCAAAGAGAAUUGCAUUCAAUUCAAAAUCAAUGCCAAAAUGCAGCCAAACAAACUACAACCAAUCAAAUGAACGAAAGUCGCAACCAAUCUGGAGAGUUUUUAACAAAAAUAGCAGAACUUAAGGAAUCUGAUAGCUUUGAAAAUGUUUACAAAUUCCUCGAUGUUCUUUCUUUGGAAGGGAAUCGGGAAAUCAUAAAAAAGGCAUGUAAAGAAGGACUUUGGAAAAAGACAACAUCAGAUGAUAGAAAUGUACUUCAUUUUGCAAGUCAAAAAGGAAAUCUUAGGCUUGUUAUGUAUCUUAUUGAAUUCAACUGGGAUAAAGAAGUAAAGAGUAAACAUGAUUGUACUCCACUUAUGUUUGCAUCAAAAUAUAGUCAUUUUGAAGUCGUUAAAUAUCUUAUCCUCUGUCUGGGCUAA